AGUGCUGCCAAAGUUUGGGUCAGAUCGGCUCGUGGAGUAAGCAGUCAAGAGAGACUUGGACUAGAGUUAGCCACACGGUCCCCACGCGAAGGACACGAGAGCUGUACACUGCCAACCGUUGCCACCCUUCCUCUCCUUCUUGUCCCCACUGUUAGAGGCAGCGCUCGGCCCUCUGCAUCCAUCACUGCAGGAGAACUGUCAACGAGAUGGAAACUACAACCAUCACCACCACGCAGACGGCAUUCGCCUUUGGACUUACUGAAAGACGCGCCACCCUCAGCCUGCACGCCCCGGCGCAGGACUGCACGGUCCCGGCUGUGCACCCCAGCGCUGACAGCACUGCCGGCUUCCAAAGCAAAACCAAGGUGCUGAAGAGACAGCGCUCCAGCUCGCCGGAGCUCCUGCGCUGCAAGCGGCGCCUGAGCUUCAACGGCCUUGGCUACUCCAUCCCCCAGCAGCAGCCCGUGGCCGUGGCCCGGCGGAACGAAAGAGAGAGAAACCGGGUCAAACAAGUCAACAUGGGUUUCCAGACGCUGCGUCAGCACGUGCCCAACGGGGCCGCCAACAAGAAGAUGAGCAAAGUGGAGACACUGAGGUCUGCGGUGGAGUACAUCAGGGCUUUACAGCAACUUUUGGACGAACAUGACGCUGUGUCGGCUGCUUUCCAGUGCGGGUUGCCAUCCCCGACAAUUUCCAACAGCUACUCCGCCGACCCGGAGUCGCCUCACUCCACCUACUCAUCCGAUGAAGGUGGUUAUGAGCCUCUGAGCUCCGAGGAACAGGAGCUGUUGGACUUUACAACCUGGUUCGACAGGUACUGAGGCUGACAGCAUCCGAACCACACAGCGGCGUCUGUGCGUAAAAGACGGCUCUUCUUUCAGAAAAGCUGACACAGACUUAGGUAAAGGAAUCAGAUCGGUCUUGCCCUCCGUGCUUGUAAGAGAUCUGUUGCCUCCCCGCCUCACCCGGGCUGCUUCUGCAGGAGCAAAGCAAUAGUGAGAAAGAGAG